AUGUCCAAUGUGUUAGAUAGAAUUGAUCCCACGUACUUUUCCCUGGACGAAGCGACUCGGGUACCGCACAGUGCGCCCUUGCCGGGCGCGGGCCAUGCUGCGGAGAUGCAACAGGGCCCAGGAGCCAGGGUCGCAGAGGACGAAGAAAUUGAGAGCAAGAUCUUUUUCUGCGAUGCCAAGGCAAAUUCCAGAGGUCUCUACUUGAAGAUAUCGGAGAAGGGGACGAACAGGGAGCGCUCAACCAUCAUCGUCCCGGGGCAAUCGCUGCCUUGGUUCCGAGAAUUAUUCAACUACUAUGCCACCACAGAGCCCUCGCUUGCAACCGCGAAAGAAUUCCCGGUGGAAAGCAAGGUUUUCUACUGGUCAGUGGGCGACAACCCGCGCGGAAGAUACCUUCGGAUCUCAGAGAGCGGAGCAGGGCCGAGGGGGAGGAGCUCCAUAAUUGUACCUUCGGGGGGUGCUGACUGCUCAGCAUGGCUGGCCUUUCGUGGUGUGCUGGCGCGGAUAGAGGCCCAGACCACGGAGAUGCCUCCUGUGCAGCUUCAGCUGGAUCGGUUAUCAGAGUUGGAGUCUCAUUUGGCGUCGCUGGGUGCCCGCAUUCCGGAUAUUGCUCAGACCACGUCCUACCUGGAUGCAUUUUCCAUCUCCUCUAGACCAAUGCAGGUGCCGGCACUUGGGCAGGAGACAGUGGUGGGGCCGGGGCCAUCACCGCCGACGCUGAUCUCGACGGAGUCCGGCAGCCGCAUCGUGCGCGCGGGGCACAAGCGCUACUUCUUCGACCUGGGCAGCAACAACAAGGGCCAGUACCUGCGCAUCACCGAGGUGGCUGGGCAGGAUCGGAUCGCGAUCAUUGUGCCAGCAGAGGCGCUGCCGCAGUUCUACCAUGCCGUGGGCCUCUGCCUCGAGGAGCGCCAAGGCGGCCGGCCCCCGAUGAUGUGA